AUGAAGAAUGUCUCUGAAGUGACGUCUUUUCAUCUGUAUGCUUACUAUGGAAUGGAAAAGCUGAAGCCAUUGUACUUUUUCAUUUUCCUUAUGAUAUACAUCACCAUUAUUGUUGAAAAUGUCAUCUUAAUCGGUGUGAUUUAUCAUGAAAAAAGCCUGCAUGAGCCCAUGUACUUAUUGGUGUGUAACUUGGCAGUGAAUGGUCUGUAUGGAAGCACAGCUUUACUGCCAGCAGUCCUGAGCAACCUGUUGUUACGCUCAUAUGACAUAUCUCUGGCACUUUGUCAGACACAGAUCUAUGCAGUACACACAUAUGCCAUAACUGAAUUCACAAUUCUUGCAGCGAUGAGUUAUGACAGGUAUGUGGCCAUUUGUUAUCCACUGCUUUAUCAUGCCAUCAUGUCACAAAGACUUGUUAAACUGAUUGUUUUUACCUGGCUCUUUCCCAUGUUUGCCUUUUUAAUUGUUUUUAUUUUCACUCUUCAGCUGAGGUAUUGUGAAAGAACAAUUGAAAAGUUGUACUGCAUGAAUUACAUUUUAGUCAAACUGGCCUGUUCUGAUACGUCGAUUGUCAACAUAAUCGGUCUGUUAUCUGUAGUUGUGUACGCAGUUCCACAGAUUUGUAUAAUAUUUUAUUCAUAUGCACACAUCCUAAGAGUAUGUGUAGCGUCAUUCAGCAAGUCCAAGCUCAAAGCCCUCCGGACAUGCACUCCCCACCUACUAGCAAUAGUUAACUACGCAAUAGGUUGCUUUUUAGAAAUAGCACUAAGUCGAUUUAACACAACUGGCCUUCCUUACCAAACCAAGUUGUUUCUGUCUUUGUACUUUUUGAUAUUUCCACCAAUUCUUAAUCCAGCCAUCUAUGGGUUGAGUAUUCAGCUCAUAAGAGCACGACUGUUCAGGCUUUUAAGCAGAAAAAGAAGGAUAGAAGCAAACUAG